AUCCCACAAAGAUGCCAUCGUUCUUCACAUGGGCCGCGGCUCUUUGCCGACGUGACGUUCAGCCUCAUGUACUGAUGAGUCACACCCGACCGCUCUGAAGGUGGAUUUGGCGGGCCAGUGGUGUUUUCUUCGUAAUAAGGGAGUUGAGUCUGACAAGCAGCGUUUAGCAGUUCCCAACCAGAACCAAGGAACAUACAAGAAAGACAUUAAUUAAUAAUUAACGGAAAUGACCUCUGCUACUGCUACCGAGUCUCCCUACAAAGUAAUUUACGUCCUUGGUGGUCCUGGCGCUGGAAAGGGCACACAAUGCUCUCGCUUGGUCAAAAAGUACAAGCUUGCUCACAUUUCUGCCGGCGACUGUCUUCGUGAAGAACAGAGCCGUGAAGGCAGCAAGUACGGCGAUCUCAUUCGGACAUACAUUAAGGAAGGUCAAAUCGUGCCCAAGGAAAUUACAAUUAAGCUGCUUGAGCAAAAGAUGAAGGAUUACUCCGCUGAGGGUAUCGACACCUUUUUGAUUGAUGGCUUCCCUCGUAAGCUUGAUCAAUACCAGGCUUUUGAAGAGAUGGUUUGCCCUGCCUUGACUACACUCUUUUUCCAAUGCGGCCAAGAAACAAUGCUUGCCCGUCUUUUGAACCGCGGCAAAACGAGCGGUCGAGAGGACGACAACACGGAGUCCAUCAAGAAGCGCUUCGUUACCUACGUUGAGACUAGCAUGCCGGUCAUUGAUGCCAUGAAGGAACGUGGCCGCUGCGUCACCAUCAACGCUGAGAACGACCCCGACACUGUCUUUGAAGACACUUGUGCCGCUAUGAACAAGGCACUGGGAUUGUAGGGGAGACAUUUUAUGUAUUAAAUCAUAUAGAAAUAGACAUUAUUAAAUGGAGAUUACGGAUUGUACCUACCAGGA